GCAUGUCGUACCCGGAAGUAGGUUGAACAACUCCAUAUGCGCGCACCACUCAAAACGAUAGCAAUAAAACUCAUUAUUGGAAGCUUCAAGGAUAAAAAGAAUGGGUACAGUGCACGAAGACAGUAGUCGUAGCCCCAGCUACACUGUGUCAUGUGAUGACUAUGUUAAUGUUGUUGAAUUCAACCCAUUCCCUUCUGGGACCCCAGCAUCUCUUUUAGCUUAUGGUGGAAACCAAUAUGUAGUAGUUGGAACUUGCCUCUUUCAGGAGGAGGAUUUGGACAUUGAAGGUGUCGAAUUUACUGUUCUUCGAGCUUUUCAUCAUGAAGUGCGUGUUGAUGCUCUUGCUUGGAGUCCAGAGUCUCACCUGGACAGAAUUCCCCACAUCAGAUUCUGCACUGCUGCAGCUGACAGAAGACUACGCCUAUUGACUUCAGAUCUUCAGGACAAGCAUGAAGUCAAGAUGAUGGAAGGCCACACAAGCUACAUUAACCAUUUGGUGUUUGAGCCAACUGAGGGCAAACAAAUUGCCUCCGUCAGUGAUGAUCACACUUGCAGGGUGUGGGACUUAGAUGGAAAUGAAAGCGCUACACUCAGACUUCGCUCUCCAGGCAUUAGUGUGUGCUGGCAUCCUGAAGAAGUAUUUAAAUUAAUGGUGGCAGAAAAGAAGGGCACAAUACGUUUCUAUGAUUUGGUUACCCAGCAGGCCAUUCUCUCAUUGGAUUGUGGCCAGGCACCGCUAAUGUCAGCUGAUUGGUGCCUUACCAACACCAUUAAAGUCGGAGCUGUGGCUGGAAAUGACUGGCUCAUCUGGGACAUAGCUCGCUCCAGUUAUCCAAAUGAGAAAAGACCUGCCCAUAUAGAUAAAGCAUGCCUAUUCAAGUGGUCACGAGCAAAUGAAAAUCUCUUUGCAACCACUGGAUGUCCUGGAAAGAUCAGUAGUCAGCUGCUUAUCCAUCACCUGGGACAUCCACAGCCUGUAAUGAUUGGAUCAGCAGCAGUUGGAUCAGGCCUCAGCUGGCACCGCACUCUCCCACUCUGUGUGAUUGGUGGGGACAGGAAGCUUUGCUUUUGGAUGACUGAAAUGUAACUAUCCCCUUAAAACUGUUCCUGAUCUCUUAUUAUUGCUUUAUAUAAUAAAGUAUUUUUCAACAUUGUAUAA